CAUCACCUUACCCACCGGCCAGGAUACUCGUUCCUCAAAAUACACAAACACUUCGUCCGUCGGGUGUGUCGCCUUGCCCACGACUGCCAUAGCGCGCCUUUUUUUCGUAACCGCGAAGCUUAGCUUGCUUUGGGCACAAGCAUGUUUCAGCAAGCUCUCAACCCCGUCCCUCACCAUCCGCCUUUUCUCUGCGCAGGCUUCUGGAUGACGCACGGCCGGUUCGAUCCAUAAAAUUCUCUCUUUUUUUUCGUGUCAUUUUUGGGCCAGGCGGGCUGCUCUUGGCCCCAAUCGCGACCCUCAACCUUCCCGAGCUGCUGGCUCCUUUGUUUGCGCCAAGACUGUGCUAUGGACAUGGAGCCGACCGAACCCAUGGAUGAGGAUGCGAAAACCACGACGACCAGCACGAGCCCGAAAGCAUCCGCCGAGUCGUCUGCCACUCCUUCGUCCGGUCCGGCCACCACCUCAUCCGGGAAGCAUCCUGCUCCGAGCCCGGCCGCUGCUCCGACGACGCAACAAUCUAAGCGCAAGCGAGGGCCCGGGAUCGUCACCCCAAACGCUUGCACUGAGUGCCGCAAGAAGCGCGCAAAGUGCGAUGGCCAGGCGCCCUGCUCGCGAUGCAAGGCCCAAAAGGACGUCGAGUGCGUCUACGAGAUACCUGUCAGGCAGUCCAAGGAGUACCUGAGAGCCGAGAUCGAUCAACUGCGCCGUCAGCAACGUAACAAUGAGAGCGUCCUAUCGGCCCUUGGGGUACCUGGACAAUGGGAGGAAGUCUUGCGGAGACUGCGCAACGGCCAGUCCGUCGAGUCGAUAUCAGAAUGGCUUGGCGGGACCUUGCCAUCUGGCGGUGGCGCCGCCCCUUCUUUCAACCGCCCUACUGGCCCCGGUUCCGGGUUCACUCCCGUGCCCACGUUUUCCGGCACUCACGCGGGUGUUCACGCGACAGCUCCGGCAGGCCCUCACCUGGAGGGGGCCACGAGUCCUGCUUCGGCUCACCCGGCAAGCGGGCUGCGACAAGACAGGGAACCAGCCAGUCCUUGGGGUGGGCAUUUUUCGGCACAAUCAGCCCCGAGCGAAUCUCCUGCAGACGCCAUGAGCUGGAGCGGUGAGCGUCGGGGCCAGUCUUCGCGAGUCGGGACCUGGGUCGAUGGUCUUGGGGAUAGGGAAGCCAAGGAAAUGGGAGAUCCAGAGGCUCGGGAUCGUGUGCUCCACCAAGGCCUCCCACCCACUAUCCCCGACUCGAGGAUACCCGUUGAGACGUGGACGAGCUUGACGGCCGACAUUGCGCUGGUGCAGCAUCUACUCGCCCUCUAUUUCUGCUGGGAGUAUCCCACAUUUGCCUCGCUCAGCAAAGAGCACUUCGUCAAGGAUUUCCAGGAGGGCCGCCAAAGGUAUUGUUCUUCUGUCUUGGUGAAUGCCCUAAUGGCCCUGGGCUGUCGAUUCUCGAGCAAGCCCCAGACGCGCGCGAACCCGGACGACCCGCACACGUCGGGGGACCACUUUUUCAAAGAGUGUCAGCGGCUUCUCUACGAGGAGCAGAACCACCACAGCCUUACUACCAUCCAGGCGCUCGGGAUCAUGUCUAUAAGGGAGGCCAGCUGCGGGAGAGACUCGGAGAGCUGGUUUUACGCCGGGCAGAGCAUCAAGCUAGCCAUCGAGAUGGGCCUACACAAGAUUCAAGAUGGGGGCGACGGUGACGACGCCGAGAUCGCCGUCCAAUCUGCAACCUUCUGGGGCGCCUUUGCGCUAGAUCAUGCGUGGUCGCUGGCUACCGGUUCACUGCCACAAGUGUCGUGUUUCUUACAACUCCCCCCAAAACCGGGCAUCAUUGACGACAUUGAGGCGUCCCUCUGGAUUCCCUACACAGAAGAUGGCACGAGUCUACAAAAGUCGUUUGAACAGCCAUCCAACGUACGCUCCGUGUACAAGUGCUUCUGUGAGCUCAGCGAGCUUGUUCACCAGGCCCUAUACAUCCUACACUCCCCCGGCCGACCCUUGACGGCGCGUGACCUGCUUGGCAUUUACACCGAGUUCCUCAACUGGUACGCCAACAUACCAGAAGUGCUACGGCUUGGCGCCAACUUCACCCCCUCGGUGCUCUUCGCUCAUAUGUACUACCACUUUGCCAUAUUACUCCUCUUCAGGCCACUCAUCAAGCUGCGCAUAAUCGGGUCCAGUGUUACGCCCCGCGACGUCUGUGCACAGGCAGCAGACGCAAUUUCAGGCCUUUUACGAUCGUACUCACAAUUAUAUACACUCCGACGGACACCCUCGUUCGUACCUUAUUUUGUUUUGACCUCGGCCAUCAUGCACCUAGCCAUAGGCGCAACCGCGACCACUGAUAAGGGCUCAAACGAGUCACCAAGCACGGGCACCAGUUCUCGGGACACCUCCCUGAACGGCUCCGACUCGGCGGUUGGAGGCCCACCACCAUCCAGGCCCGAAGUCGACGUAGCCAGGAUGAAUCCCAAGGUCACGGCAGCCAUCAAGCAGGGCAUAGCAGACUUAACAGAAAUGGCGCCCUGCCACCAUUUCGCCGAACAGGCGCUCAACAUACUGCGUCAUCUGGCCAAGAAGUGGAAUAUUGAUGAUAUCGAGGUCUACGGCAAAGACGAGCGCGCCGUGCCAACCCCUGAGACUGAAAAUAGCGUUCUACCUGUUACUUCAAGUCUCAACUUCUUCACCCCCAAUAUGUCGGAGCAGGAUUUCAUCUGCGAUUGGGGCAACGAAAAUGGUGCUGCAGGCAAUGUCAGCUAUACGACGACGGCGCAGGGCGUGGACAAGGGUCUCAAUGUUGCAGCCGCAGCCUCAGCUGGGAGGAUGGCCAACCCUCUGUUCUGGCCCUUUCCCAUGCAGGGUAGGCCUAUGCUUCCGAGUGGGAAGCUGUUGCGGGAAGCUGGCUUCGAAUUGUUAUGACAGCCAGCAAACCUUUGAAGCCGUGGCAAGUCGCGGUCCACGAUGCAGGUGUGUAUGACGGUGCGUCCCCUGUGACAGAGAACAGUGUCUUUUUUUUGGAAAUUGGUCCGCACUGGUAUGAAGAUAAUGAAAAUAUCGCCUGCUGGCUUUUUCUUUCCCGCCACGAAAAGUCUCUCCAAAGUCUGGUCUGACAUGUUGGAGGAUUACCUGGCGCAGCUUGCUGAGCUCACUGAGACCAGGAGGGAAUAUAACACAAUAUAUCGCCUCUGCGCGGGCAGAUAACAACCCGUCGCUUAGGCGCAUUACAGCCCCCGUCGCUCUUGGAACAUGUAAAAUGUUCUGUAGCGUAUGCUUGCCAUAUCGAUUGGUGAGAUCACUGUCAUUGCCCAAUGAUAUGGAGCAAUCCACCACCCGGCCAUCAUCACUAGCGUUUACUGUUGCUCGGUGACAGCGGAG